GUCGGUCGAUACUAGUUUGUGGAUGGGGGAAUCCUGCUGGCCGCUGGCUGGAACCUGUUGCUUCGUAGUUCCGUGUUGUGCAAUGGACGGCAGUGUCCACCACGAUAUAACAGUUGGUACUAAGAGAGGAUCCGACGAGCUUUUCUCCAGCGUCUCCAGCGACCCAUAUAUCAUGAGCACCACAGCCAAUGGCAACGACAGCAAGAAGUUCAAAGGUGACAUAAGAGGCCCCAGCCUACCUUCGAGGGUCAUCCACAUCCGCAAGCUUCCCAGUGACAUCACAGAGGCCGAGGUCAUCAGCCUGGGCCUGCCGUUCGGCGACGUCACUAACCUGCUGAUGCUGAAAGCCAAGAACCAGGCCUUCUUGGAGAUGAACUCGGAGGAAGCAGCUCAGAACAUGGUGGGUUAUUACUCCACUAUGAUGCCCGUCAUCCGACACCAACCCGUCUACCUGCAGUUCUCCAACCACAAGGAGUUAAAAACGGACAACUCCCCCAAUCAGGAGAGGGCCCAAGCGGCUCUGAGGGCCCUCAGCUCCUCCCAUGUGGACCCGCAGAUGGCCGCUCCCAGCACGGUGCUGAGGGUGGUGGUGGAGAACCUGCUGUACCCGGUCACCCUGGACGCUCUCUGCCAGAUCUUCUCAAAGUUCGGCACUGUGCUGCGGAUCAUCAUCUUCACCAAGAACAACCAGUUCCAGGCGCUGCUGCAGUUUUCAGACGGCUCAUCUGCCCAGGCAGCCAAACUGACUCUGGAUGGACAGAACAUCUACAACGGCUGCUGCACCCUGAGGAUCAGCUUCUCCAAACUCACCAGCCUCAACGUCAAAUACAACAACGAGAAGAGCCGGGACUUCACCCGGCCGGACCUGCCGUCCGGAGACAGCCAGCCCGGCCUGGAGCACCCGGCCAUGGCCGCCGCCUUCGCUCCAGGAAUCAUUUCUGCGGCGCCGUACGCCGGAGCGACGCACGGCUUUCCACCGGCGUUCGCGAUUCAGCCAGCAGUGUCCUCCGCCUACCCGGGCCUGACGAUGUCGGCUCUCCCCGGAGCGCUGGCCUCCCUGGGCCUGCCCGCCACCGCCAGGCUGGGCUUCCACUCCAUCCCCGCCGGACACUCGGUCCUGCUGGUCAGCAACCUGAACCCUGAGAGAGUUACGCCCCACUGCCUCUUUAUUCUCUUCGGUGUUUAUGGAGACGUGAUGAGAGUGAAGAUCCUGUUCAACAAGAAGGAAAACGCUCUGGUACAGAUGUGUGACAGUACCCAGGCUCAGCUAGCCAUGAGCCACCUGAAUGGCCAGCGGCUGCAUGGGAAACCUCUCCGGAUCACGCUGUCCAAACACACCAGCGUCCAGCUUCCCCGCGAAGGCCACGAGGACCAGGGCCUGACCAAAGACUACAGCAACUCCCCGCUGCACCGCUUUAAGAAGCCCGGCUCCAAAAACUACUCCAACAUCUUUCCUCCCUCCGCCACCUUGCACCUCUCCAACAUCCCCCCUUCUGUGGUUGAAGACGACCUGAAGAUGCUGUUUUCCAGCUCUGGAGCCAUCGUCAAGGCCUUCAAGUUCUUCCAGAAGGACCACAAGAUGGCUCUGAUCCAGAUGGGUUCGGUGGAGGAAGCCAUCGACUGCCUCAUCACGUUCCAUAACCACGACCUGGGCGAGACGCACCACCUGCGCGUCUCCUUCUCCAAGUCGUCCAUCUGAGCCGGAGGAUGGUUUUUAUUUUUACACGGCGUCCACUACACUCCAAUCAUUCCGAUGCAGAAACCAACACAGAGUCUGCUGUGAUGUUAAAUUAUUGUGUGUUUUUGUUUUUUUUAGAUUCUUUACCUUCAGAGGAAGGUAGGAUUAUCCCACGAAUACGACGCUUCAGAGGUGGGCCUCUGGAGUCCUGUAGUUAUUCUCUAAAGUCAGAGAAAAGUCAGUAUUCUGAGUUUUAACUGUUUGAUAAAAGUUGUCAGAAUUUACUGUCCUCCUUGUUGGGACGUUUUUAGCGUCUUCUGCCUUUUGACUUUUAAUCACGGAUUAAAGUCGGCCUUCGCAAAUCCUUCAGACCUGACUUUAACUCAGAAUGAUCACUUUAAUCUCUGAUUCUCGCCUGAUUUAAUAAAUUAAGAUUGUUAAAAGAUGAACCCAGUUUGGGAAGUCGUAGCUUCUGACCGUCUCGUUUCACUCGGGCGUUCUCUCGAAACGCCUCUUGACCUUAAAACGACCUCUGUGCCUUAUUCUGACUCAAACACAAAACGAAGCCUCUGAAUUGGCAAAAGCAGGUUUACAGAUGAUAAAGGUUUACUGUUGAGAUGUUUUCCUAUUUUUGUGUAUGUUAUUGGUGUUGUCUGUGCUUUUCUGUUAGUGUUUUGUAAUGUUGGUUACUGUAGCAUCAAACAUGUGAACUGAGUGUUUUAGCGGCUUCGCUACGUCAUUUAGAUUGAACUUUUCUUUCUCGUCACUUUCUGGCUCUUUUCUUUCCCAAAUAUGCAAUCAUUAUGUAAUCCUAUAUUGUAGCAAUAUUUUAAUCAUUCCUGAGCUUUUGUCUUCUUGUCCUGGCUGUCGGUGAGCUCGGCCGUUUCCGCUGCCUUCUUCGACCCGAAGAUGAAUGUUUUGUUUUGUUUUGUUAGUUGCGUGUCUCUUGAAACGUUUUUAAUUUAUACGUUUGUGAUCCACUACAGCUAAAACCAAAAACAGCCUUUUUAGAUACAAACAAUUCCACCUGCCUCAGGUUUCUGAUUUUUAAGGACUAAAAAAACAAGAUAAUAGUGGUUCAGGCUUUUAUUGGUGGUGUUUUUCUUUUUUUCCUGUGAAAAUGUAAAUGACUUCAACCAAUUUGAAGUCAUUUACCGCUGGUUUCGCGGUGUGCCUUCAACCCAGCACUGAAGUCGCAACAUCACAAAGUGAAAUCUUCUGACGGUCUAGUCAAAGUUUGCUGGUUUGGUUCAUUUAUCUCUUAAUUCUUCAAACCGUCGACAUUCCAGCCACUCGGAAGUCCACUCCAUUUUCAGUGUAAUGCGAUAUUUUGCUGUCUGAACGAAGUGUUUCGUAGAAAUGAGCUGCUGAGGUUUGCGGUGGCGAUGCGUUCGGGGCACCUGGGAAAAGUUAGAGGAACUUCGAUUAGAAAAGGAAAAAACGUUCCAGUUCAGAUUUUAACGUGAAAAUUUCACAACGCAAUGAGUUUCCCAUCAUGUUACAACGCGAAACGUUUUGACGAGUUUUAUCACGUUAAAACGUAAAACUUUUUCAUUUUAAUGUUUUUCACAUAUUGUUACGACAGAAAACUUUAUUAAACUUGUUUCAUUUAAACAAACUUUCUCAUUAUAGCGAAUUUUACGUCAUAUAACAUGAAAGUUUAUUUUUUAUUAUGAUACUGUGAACGUUUGUCUUGAUGAGUUUUAUCAUGUUGUAAUGUGAAAACUUUUCCCUACAGUUUCACAGUUUUACAUAAUUUUAAAAUUUUCACGUUUUAUAUUUUAUGAUAACAAAGUUUCUCGUUAUUGUGCGAAAGUUUUACGUUUUGACAAGCGUUAUAUCUUAUGUGAAUUUCUCAUUUAAUUAGUUUCAUAUCUUGUCAAAGUGUGAAACUUUGGAGCUGAAAGAAAAAAGUUACAUUAUAAUGAGAUGAAAUUCAUCAACACAUUAAACUUUCACAUUGUAACAAUAUGAAAUCAGAGUUUUUCACGCAACACAAUAUGAAACUCGUUAAAACAAAGAACUUGUGUUAUACCAAGAUGUAAAACUCGUUAUAACAAGAACUUACUAAAACUUGAAACUCGCUUAACCAUCAGAAGCGAAAGAUUUUUUUAACAAUAAAAUGUCUAAUUUUGACAAGUUUUAAAUCUCUAACAUUCAAGUUUCUUGUCUGGAAGCGUUUUAUAUCUCACUAUGACAAAAAUAAUGCUCCUGAAUUUAUUUCCCACUUUUGGCAGUUGCAUUCUUCCAUAGAUGAGAUGAGUCAUAGAUGAGUCUCCUCUGAUUGGUCAAUUCCAGUGGUCUGAUCUGACUCCGCCUAUUAAAUCUGAAUUAAUUUUAUUGGCUGAAAUGUUUUCUAUAAAACUAAGAAUAUUACAUUGUUUUUUUCAAAGAUUUUUGUCUUUAAAUGACAUUUACUUUGCAAUUAUUUUGGUGUUUAUACAUGAGUUUUUUUCUGUUGGUGUGGAGAGUUGCCAGGAUUUCCCCCCAUGACGUAAAAUGGACCAAUGAAAACACUCCAAAUGCUGGACAUAAAGUCCUUUUAUUUACUGUGAAAAAGCUUUUAACUGCGAACACAGCGAUCCAGCUGCGUGUUCAGUUUCUCCCUGAGUGCACCCGAAUGCAUCGUGACCUUUCAUUGUCCGGUAGAGCGGGAGCCCGAACCGGGUCAAAGGUCACCUGACUGUACAUACAUGUUUUAUACACGGCUGUCUGAGAGGUGACUAUUGGUUUUAUAUCCAAUGAAACGUGUAUAUUUUGAUUCAAGUGUGCAACAAGUUCUGAGCCUCACGUUGUGUCACAAAGAAAAAAAUAAAUCAGUCUUUUUUUUUUUAAACAAACAUUUCAACGUUUGUUGUUUUUUUUUGUUGACAAAAGCAUAAAAAAGAAGCAUCUCCUCUUAAUUUUCAUCCAAAAGUGGAUUUUAAAAUCUGGCAAACUUCACAAUUUAACUGAAAACUACAGUGGCCCAGAGGUGCAAAUUCAUAGUUAACACAGGAAGAACACAAAGCUGGAAAUUUGCAAAAAAUAAAAAUAAAUAAAACUAUAAUUUGAGAUUAAUGUAAAACGUUUUCUAGAAAAAACAUAACUUUCUGAGUUUGAAAAGUUUUUUUCCUGCACAUUUUCUGUGUUUUGGAGCUCAAAAAGUUUAUUCCUAAUGUCUGAGAUUAAUCUCUUAAUUUGAGUUUUCUUGGUGGAAACUUCCAGCACUUUUUCUAUUAAUGCUGGACAGGAUGGGCCUAAUUCUCAAUACUCUGAAGGAUUAAACAUAAUCCAUAAUCUCUAAACAUAAUCCUUCAAGCCUUACAUUUUCUGAGGACUUUGAGUCUGGAUGAGUCUUUAUCUGUCUGCAGACUAAUUCAUGUUGACAGAGAACAACUUAACACAAAGUGAAAACUAAAUCUGAAUAAAAUCAAGGUCAAUCACCAGCAGAGGGCGCCAAACUCCAGAAAAAAAGUUUAUACAGAAACUGGGAGGCAAAACAAGAUGAAUGUAAAAGUUUUAAACUUUUAAAGCUGUAGUUAUAAUUAAGCUCAUCCUUUCCUCAAUUGUUUUAGAACAUAAAUUUGUUUUUGUGCCUGAAAUGCUUUUGUUUUUCCAUCAAACUGAAAUAUUUGAAUAAAAAUAAAAGUUGCUCAUGUGAUGCGUGGUUGAAAUGAGAAAAUAAUUAGAAAAACGUGAAACUUUACAAAUUAAAACUGACUGAAGUUUGGU